UGCACCUCGUCUUCCGUCGCGCUUGCCGUAGUUAAACGCUUUUUUUAAAAGACAGAAUUCAGACACUUUACCGUCUUUAGACUUUGUAACUCGUCGCCGCCGUUUUGGUUCACUGUCAGAAUUGUACUGCCAUCUUAAAAGAUCUUCCAGGUGUUAUGAACAACUAUGAGGUCGUCCGUCAGAUCGGAGAAGGAGCGUUUGGAAAAGCUUUCCUGGUCCGAGACAAAGGAGGAGGAGCUCAGUGUGUGAUCAAAGAGAUCAGCCUCAGGAAGAUGUCUGCGAAGGAAAAGGAGGCGUCCAAGAAAGAGGUGACGCUGCUGUCCAAAAUGAACCACCCGAACAUCGUCGCCUUCAUCGGCUCAUUUCAAGAGAGAGGCAGCCUGUACAUCGUGAUGGAGUUCUGUGACGGAGGAGAUCUGAUGAAGAAGAUCAACAUGCAGAGAGGAAAUCCGUUCACCGAGCAGCAGAUCGUGGACUGGUUCGUUCAGAUCUGUCUGGGCCUCAAACACAUCCACGACAGGAAGGUUCUCCACAGAGACAUCAAAGCUCAGAAUAUCUUCCUAACCAACGGAGGGAUGAAAGCGAAGCUGGGGGACUUUGGAAUUGCAAGAAUGUUGAAUAACACCAUGGAGCUGGCCAGGACUUGUGUUGGGACACCGUAUUAUCUUUCUCCAGAGAUCUGCGAGAGUCGACCUUACAACAACAAGACGGAUAUCUGGUCUCUGGGCUGCGUCCUCUAUGAACUCUGCACUCUGAGGCAUCCAUUUGAGGGCAGCAGCCUUCGCCAGCUGGUCGGUAAAAUAUGCCGAGGCCGAUACAACCCGGUGCCCAGCCGUUACUCCUACGACCUCCGUCUGCUGGUCACACAGCUCUUCAAGGUGAACCCUCGGGAUCGUCCCUCAGUCACCUCGGUCCUCCGACGUCCCUUCAUGGAGAAACACAUCAGCAAACACCUGGACUCUCAGGUGAUGCAGGAGGAGUUUAGCCACUCGGUGCUGCAUGAAAACAGAGCAGCAGCUUCACAACCUGCUAAAGCAAGAACCAGAGCAGCAAACACACCAGGGAAGACAAAGAGGACCAGAGGGUCAGAGAGGCCUGGAAACAAGAAACUUCCCGCUAAACCCGACUGGAGAGUCCCGCUCAGAGUCUACACACCAGCUCAACACAAACCUCCUCAUCAAAAAGCAUCACAGCCAGCUGCAAGGAGCCAAAGAUUUAAUGGUCAGCAGCCUGUCAGUCAUUACCAGCACUACUACGCCCAACUGGACGCCUUCGAGAGGAGGAAGAAGGACGACGUUCUUCCUCCUCCUCCUCCUGAAGACCAAACUGCUCCUCCUGUGGAACCAUAUCAGCUUGUGGCUGCAGCUCGUAAUGAAUAUCUGCAGAGGAGGCAGGAGGCCAACCAGUACAAGCUGAGAGCAGAGAAGCAGCUGGGUUUGCGUCCAUCAACAGCUGAGAGCAGCAGAAAGCCUGAUGGGCAUCAGGACCAAGGAAUGGGUCAAACUGAACACCAGCAGAAGGAAAAGAGACAGGAGGGACAACAGGAGUAUCUGAGGCAGCUGGAUGUGAUCAGACAACAGUAUCACCAGGAGAUGAGACAGAUGAAGCUGAGAGCUGAAGCAGAGGCUCAACCACAACACCAACAUGGAACUUUUGUGGUGGAGAAACUCAGCGAGCCAGAGCCGUCUGCAGACAGUAAAGAGCAGCAGAAAGCAGCACCUGUACAGGAUGUUGAAGCAGCUCUGAGGCAGAUCACUGAUCAGAGGAGGACACAGGAGAGGAAACACAAAGACAAGAAAGGAAUCAUGUUUGAGAUCCGGUUAGAUGACGAAGAGAUGAAAGAAAACACAGAGAAAGACGAGGAAGUGGAUCCUCUGAAUCAAACUCUGAGCUUCCAGGAAGGGGAGGAGUUGAAGCUCAGGGAUUGGCUGGAGGUGAGGAGGGGGUGGAGCCACAGGACGCCUCAGACUCUGCUGGACGCUCUCGCCAACAUGGAGGUCAACUCCAUCUACAACACAACAGUGGAGGCUGAAGAAGAUCAGGAGGCCGCAGUUCGACGUCAGUGGGACGACGGUCCUCCAAACACUCUCCUGAACUUUCUGGCUCAGGCUGAACUCAAAUCCUCAACUCUGGACUCAGCAACCGCAGAUUCAAAACCAGAACAGGACAGAACGGAGGAGGAAGAAGAGGAUGAAGAUGACUCAGAUGUGGAGAUGGAUGAAGAGCGACUAGAACCGAGGUCAGACGACGACGACACGAACUUUGAGGAGUCGGAGGACGAGCUUAGAGACGCUGUGGCCGACUCCAUGAGGAACCUGUUUGUGAUGGAGGACGAAAACUCAGACGACAACAUGAAGGAGGCGACAACGGUGGCUGAAGGGACGGAGAUCGAGGAGGAGGAUGGAGGCGGAAUAAGCUCUGCAGAUCCUCAACAGGUCCAUCCAGAGCUGGAGGAUUCAGGGGCAUCAGUCAGAGUGGUUUCCUCUGAGCCCGAGUGUCCAGAUGAGUCCCGGACAGACGAUAACACAGGUUUGGAUAAUCAGCAUCAGACCACCUGAGUGCUCAAAAACUGUAAAGUCUUUAUUCUAAGGGAGUUGAACAAGAAGACGCAGUAACUGGGGCGUAAAUCCACUUCUUCUUUCAAGUCUGAUACAACAAAUAAGUUAAAAUUGUCAUUAAAUGGGACAUUAAUGAGUUCCAUUUCAAUGAAGAAGCUAAAAACCUGUAGCCAGUUGAAACUGUGGUUGUUUACAGUCUAACUUAAAGACAGCUGGAGAAGGACAGAGAAAUAAUGUGUUCACAAGUUUGGAAUUUGUAUUUACACCAAUAGUUGGAAGUAACAUUUAAAAAAAGAAGGCAAUGAAACAACAAAACAUAACUUAGUGGCGUCCUCUGGUGGAUGAACUCUGCUACUAAGAAACUUUCUAACGAACCUCCAACCUAUUUCUGCAUUUGUUUACCGGCAUUUCUCUGCAGCUUGCACACACAAAGAUACCGAUAUAUCUGCUGUAGCUCGACACAUUUAUCAGCCUUGCUCUAAGAACGACUUGUACUUUCAAGAAAACUCCACAAGUCCCUUUAAUCGGCAACUGUCACCAUCGUAUGAGCUGUUUUAAAGGGUCGUUGUGCUUGAAACGACUUCUUACAAAGGCUUGAAUGAAAAACCAGAUGUAAAGACAGAAGAUACAAUGAAUCUUAACUCUCAGAAGAUUUGUUUAUCCCAAAUAAAAGGACAGAGGCAGUUGUGUGUGCUGGGCUAAAUGUGUGUGAAUAUUUGUGCUUUUUGAACGGUCAGUGUUUAACUCAGCUGCUGGUGGUUUGUGUCGACUGUUAUUCUAUAUUUUUUCUUUACCAUCAACAAACCCAUGAAAACACCAAAACCAA